AUGCAGAAGGUGCAUUUAAAGUCUUACCUCCCGUCAACACCUGCACCACAACAACACCCGGGCUGGUCGCGAGAACACCACCAAUCUCCACUCACCCACAGCACCAUGGCGUCCACCGCUACAGAGCAGGCAAUCGACGACCUCAUCAACGAGAUGAGCUCCGCCGCCGACGCCCAACCCCAGGGCGAACCCGCGCACAACUGGAUCCUGCACAGCGACGUUUCCCUCCCCGCCUCCAAUCAGCUUACUCCCCUUGUAGACGCCAUUCGGCGUAUCGCAGACGUACAAGAUGGACUGGCUGCUACGCUGGAUGCGCAGGGCGAGCAGAUGCGGAAGAUCGCCGAGACCCAGGGCAAGCUCGUGAAGGAUCUCGCGGAGAUGCGCGAAGGCACAACCGCCUUGGAUGCCCAGGCUCACUUAGAGAGCGAGACGGCGUCUAAGCAUCCUGACACCACGGUCAGGAUCCUGUCCGCGUCUGUCCGUCACCUCCAGACCAACCAGGCCCAGAUUUGCACCGAUCUCGCCACCGUGAUGGGCAAGGCUACCCAAAAUGGAAAGGAGAAACAGAAGGAGAAUGAGAAGCCCGAUGGGGCUGACAAGAUGGAUGUGGACAUACCUACCUGUCCCAAGCCGCGCUCGUUGGCCCUGGCCCUGCGUCCUCAUGUCCAUGAAAAUGCCCGCCCUCAGCAGGUGCCCACAGAGCCGAAAAAGGCUUCCGCCAAGGCGCCUGAAAAGACCGACAAGGUCGGAGGAGACAGGGAGAUUCCGGGCCCCAUCCAGCAGACUCUCACCAAUAUUAACUCGCGCUACCAGAACUUGGAGGGUCUCCGCAAGAGAGACUACUUUGCACUUAAGGGACAUCUCCUUGCAGUCGGGCAGCGUGAGCGUAUGAAUGUGGUCAACCAUUUACGCUCUAGUGCCAAGGUCGAGGUGCUGCAGCAACAGAUGGCCGCGGUCCUUGGAGCUCUCGGUGACGUUACGGAACUCCCUCGGGAGGUCGUCCACAAAUUUCGCAACUGCGUAGCCGCAUGUCAGGACUUGGAAAACAAAAUGGUCUACUGGCGACAGCGCCUGCAGAGGGCUACCACUGUCGGUGACGACAGGCUGGAGAACUCCGUCAACACUGCUAUAGGGGAACUACGACGGGCCCGCGAUGGCAGCCCUGGGCCUCCACACCAACCGAACACGGAGGGAAUUGACCUCCUGAUUUCCGUUGGAGAAUGGAUGCUCCAGUCCUAUGCUGGCAUUCUCCGAGUUGGACAGGAUGGUGGACCCAACGCGUCGCCAUCGACACCUCCCACCUUUUUCCAGGCUCGCAAGCGUCCCGUUGAAGAAGAAGACGAGUACUAUGGCAGGCUGAAGCGUAGACCUGCUGAGGAGUCCCCGCGAGGCCGCAACUUAGGCCCAGAGAGGGCGCCUUUCAGGGAGUCCUUCCGAGGGGACUUCUAUACACCCCGGGCUCCGAAGGCUUUGCCUGUCCGAGGCGAGCUGUUCGAUGCAAACAAGAGCGCACGCGGUACAUUCGAGCGCGCGGGUGGACGUGACGACGGUCGUAUCAAGCGGGAGGAAUAG